AUGAGCAGCCUUCCUGACUAUUACAAAGUACUUAAAGUCGACUUUAAUGCUACACAAAGCCAGAUUCGAGAAGCGUACAAGAAGCAGGCUUUGUUGCACCACCCAGAUCGACUUGGUGAUGGUGUAAGCUCAGACGAACGAGCAGAAGCAACGAAAAAGUUCCAAGUGGUAGCGGAUGCGUAUUACAUACUGGGUGAUCCGUCGCGGCGGCAGACAUAUGAUCAAUCAAGAAAGCGGCACGCGCCCAUGGACGAGUCAGACAUGCACGCGGAUGCACAUGGUGUAUUUGGUGAUGUAUUUGCAGAGCUGCUCAAGCCUGAAGUGGACCGUCCAGGCCACAUGUGGAAGAUCCUCGGUACCGGUGCUGGGGCAGUUAUCGGAUUUAUCGUAGGAAACUUGGGAGGUGCUGCGGUGGUAAGUUUUACAGUGGAGUGCUUGGGAUAG